AUGUCUUCAACUACCAAACCGACUAUCGUCCUCGUGCAUGGCGCAUGGCAUGGCUCGUGGUGCUGGAAGUUCCAAAUCCCCGAGCUCGAGGCCCUCGGGUAUGCUGUAGAGACCGUGGACCUACCGUGCGUCGGUGGGGUAGCAGGUACGACGCAGUUCGACGACGCGGCCCACCUUCGGUCCGUUGUGGAAUCGCAGAUAUCUAUGGGUAAGCGCGUCGUUGUCCUAGCGCAUUCCUACGCAGGACCAAUUGCGAGUGCUGCCAUCAAAGGGCUGGCCGGAAAAGGCGUCCUCGGGAUGGUCGCUCUGUGUGCCUACAUCUUUCCUGGAGGCAUGGACCAAGGCGCGGUCAUUCGCGAGAUUGGCGGCCUGCCCUACGCGAGCUGGGACGUGCCGAGUGAAGGCCUCUUCCUCGCCAAAGAGCCGCGCAGCCUGUUUUUCCCUCCCGAUGUGCCUGCGGACCAAAUCGACUGGGCAGUAGCGCAGAUUCGCCCUCAGAGCAUGGCCGCCAACACGGGCAUUGUGCCGCCUCAAGCCUGGCAGGACGACUCCUAUAUCGGGAGAUUAGGCUACAUUCGGUGCACGGCUGAUGUCAUCAAUCCAAUUGCACAGCAGGACAGUAUGCUGGCGGGUGCAGGUGGCCAGGAAAAAUGGGUAAUUCGCACUCUCGAAGGAUCCAGUCAUAGCCCCUUCCUCUCGCGGCCGCAUGAGGUAGCCGCUGUAUUUCAGGAGAUCGUCAAUGAUUUUGAAGCCAAGCUCUGCUAG